ACCAGACGCAUGUGUUGUGGAGGCCAGACCGAGACUGUCUGCCUUGUUACAUUACAUAUAUCGUGCGAAUUCGAACUUUUUCCCUGACAAAAUGUCAAUUGUUCGCUUGGGUAUUCAAUCCUUGAUUAAUUCGAAUCUAAAUGGAAUCAGAAGGGUUAUAGCCGUGCGAAAUAUUUCGAAGACCACUUCGAGUUAUCAAGAAUCUCAACCAAAAGGCGAGGAAGACUUAGUGAUCGAAGAUCAAGAGAAUCCCGAAGACACUGAGCCAAAGGUUCAUCCGAGCAGUGACAGGUCGAGGGUAAUUCCCGUGGAAACGAGCAUUCAAUAUCUUCACAGUGACGCUUACAAGAUCACUUACGGAGACGAUCCAAUUUGGAAGAAGUACAGGAGAAAUCAUAAAGGUCCUAGAGCUCCUAGAAAAACCAGAAAAACUUGCAUCCGAUAUGAUGCUUUAGCCACAUCCAACCCUUGUCCCAUAUGCAGGGAUGAGUACUUGGUUUUAGAUCACAAGAAUGUUAAAUUGCUCCAACAAUUUAUUUCGCCUUACAAUGGAGAACUAUUAAGUUAUUCAAAAACUGGACUUUGUCAAAAGCAACAUCAGAAUCUUUUGAUUGCUCUCUACAGAGCUAAAGAUUAUGGAACUAUCACAUUUGAUCUGCCUUACAUGAAAUACGAUUACAAAGAAUGGAAUCCAAGUAGUGAAAGUCCAGAAGAUAUAGAUUUAUACAGAGAAAGAAUGCAAGAACUUGUAAAAGAAAUUCUCGCAAAAAAUGCUAUAGAAAGACAAAAAGUUAUUGAAGCAGAAAAAGAGGCACAAAAUCAAGAAAAUAAAUUAAAUUAAUUUCAAGUGAAACUUUACCA